AUGAACAAACAGCUCACACUGCCAGUCGGUGAUGUAUCAGUCCAAAAGCUGUGUUCUGCCAACAGUGUGGUCGAUUGCUGUAGUCGUCUCGGUGGUUAUUUUGGACAGCAGCCGUCAAAGAAUCUCAAUCCAUCGGUACGCAGUAUUAAAGUCUCCAACGAGAUUUUCAGGACGGUUGAUUUGCAGCCUGAUACGACACAACAGGAGUCGUCGAAUGAGCAACACGCAGAGAAUCACGUUGAAAANCAACACGCAGAGAAUCACGUUGAAAAAGACGACUUGGCACGAAAACGUGCUGAAACUCAAAAAGUGCCCUCAAGGAGUGCACUCAAGAGCAAUCACGGUUGUGAUCGAACUCAGGCAGAUACCACUCAAGUGACCACAGAGCUGUUCACACAAAAAACACGUGAGAGUGCCGAAUCGAGGACGAGUCUCGGCAAGGAUGAGACGAGAAUUUCAUUCGGUAGUGAUACCAAUUAA